AUGAAUACCGCAAAUCUAUUAAACUGGAGCGUUGUGCCUAAACCUAGCACAGGGCGAAUGUUGUUAUCGGCGAAAACAUGUCGCGGCUGCCGAUCGCUGCCUAAGGCCGCCAAGUGGGACUCCGCCGCCUUCGACUUCAGACUUCCACGGCUGGGUCUAUCAUUGCCUUGUUGGUUUGGACACGCCGUUUUGUUGUCUGGUGAAAAAGCUGAAGCUCCAAUCGAUCUAUAUCCGAUCGGUCUCUCGAUAUUGGGCUUAAUUCAGAACACACAACGUGAAUUUUGCUUAUUCAGAUCGAGAAUCAAACUGAGCAAUAACAUCAUCUUUUCGGGUGUGCGAAAUUUGGCUGCUUGA